AAGCUAUUACGGAUAAGGCACUUCUCACUCUCUCUCUCUCUCUCUCUCUCUCCUCUUCCUCCUCCUCGGAGCUCAUAAACGCCACCAAUGGUGGCUCCGGCAACCCUAGCUCUCCGACCAUGGCUCGUCCCCGCGCCGAGCCGAGCCGAUAGGGCCCGGUCCCUUCACACUUCCCCUCUUCUCCUCCCUUCCACCUCCGUCCAUCUCCAAUCCAACGGCGGAGCCACCAAGCUCUUCUCCACUUGUAAUCGGGUCUCUUCCAUCCGAGCCGUCGCCGUCGACUCCGAUCAGCUCGGCUCGUCCGAGCCGCCUCAGCAAAUUGAGAAACCAAAGAAAUACUACUUCGUGGUGGCGAAUGCUAAGUUCAUGCUGGAUGAAGAGGAACACUUCAAGGAGCUGCUCUACGAGAAGCUCCGGCUCUACGGGGAGCGCAACAAGGAGCAAGAUUUCUGGCUCGUCGUCGAGCCAAAGUUCUUGGACAAGUUCCCCGACAUCACCAAGCGCCUGAAGAGGCCUGCAGCCGCCCUCGUCUCCACCGACCGCCCCUGGAUCACGUUCAUGAAGCUGAGGCUGGACAGAGUUUUGUCCGACAGCUUCGACGCAGACACGCUUGAGGAUGCUUUGGCGUGCAAUCCCGUGGAUUUGCAUUUCGAGAAGCCGGAGAUUUGGACCGCACCUUACAAGAAAUAUGAGUUCGGGUGGUGGGGGCCAUUCUUACCUCCGCCAUCAAUCUAGCAGAAACUAGGCAUAGGAGGAUUAUGUAUAUCUGCUGAAGUUUCAUGAUACCUGCAAAUAGCAACGAGUGUAACCUUGCAUUAAUUUUGUUCAAUUGUGAGAUCUUAUGUAGGCUUAAGUUGUAGGUAUCUGUGAGUUCAAUUUGCUAUAAUACUUUGCUGAAGAAUUUUCAUGUUGAUCUCGAUAGAGAAUUUGCUGUGGGCUUCAGUGGUUUGUAGUAUGUUUAAGUUACGGAUCCAUUGUCGCAAGAAUGAAAAAUUAGUAGUUUCUU